UGACAUGAUGGACAUAACUUCAAGGCGACGCAGGCCAUGGAGACCCCAGAGGAUCAUUACUGUCACUUCUCAGAUGUCAGAAUUGCAUUUACACACAAGUUCAGAAGAGAUGAUUACAGAUGUUCCCACCACUGAGACAUUUACACCGUGUGUCCCUGAAGCAAGUUCACAUCAGAUGAUUACAGAUGUUGCCCCCACUGAGACAUUUACACCGUGUGUCCCUGAAGCAAGUUCACUACAGAUGAUUACAGAUUUUCCCACCACUGAGACAUUUACACCGUGUGUCCCUGAAGCAAGUUCACAUCAGAUGAUUACAGAUGUUGCCACCACUGAGACAUUUACACCGUGUCUCCCUGAAGCAAGUUCACUACAGAUGAUUACAGAUUUUGCCACCACUGAGACAUUUACACCGUGUGUGCCUGAAGCAAGUUCACGACAGUGUCACAAACAUGACUUGGUUCAUGCUACCGUGUCAUCCCUGGACAAAUGUAAAAUAUGCUUGGGAUCAGGGCUGUCUGCUUUCAAGUGGAUUGGUUUCAGUUGUAAAGUUUGUUCUGGUGUAUGGCAUAAGGAUUGUCUCCAGCAAGCAGUGCCUGAGGAUAAACAUAAUUUCAGCUCAGAAGAUAAUCAAUCAGAUGAGGACAUGCAUGAAGAUGACAAGCAUAAAGAUGAUGAUUAUGUACCUGACACUGACUCGGAAUCUGAUUUGGAUAGUACUGUGGUUGGCUCUAGUGUGUGUGCCUUUACCCAGGAUGUGCAACUUCUUCACACUCACCUGGAAAAGACUUCAGAGUCUGCUUUUGACAAAUUAAAGAAAACAGUAUCUUCCCAAAGUUAUGCUGACCUUGCAAAAUCCACUCUUGCUCAGAUUAUAAUUUUUAAUCGAAGGCGUGCUGGGGAGGUGUCCAAAAUGCACUUGAAAAACUUCAUUGAAAGAGACAAAAGCCCCCUUCAUGCUGAUGUAUCCUUGGGAUUAACCAAGUUUGAAAAUAAGCUCUGUGAGCACUUUAGCAGGGUGGAAAUCAGGGGAAAACGUGGAAGAAAAGUUGCAGUCCUCCUAACACCAUACAUGGUGGAAUCUCUGAAUCUCUUGGUCAGCAAAAGGAUGGAAUGUGGUGUGCCUGAAACCAAUAUCUUUCUCUUUGCUAGACCACAAUGUUCAACUUACUACAGUGGUCAAGACUACUUGAGACUUCAUGCAGAAAAGUGUGGAGCAAAAAAAACAGAAUAUCUGCGCUCAACUAAGCUCAGGAAACAUGUUGCAACCCUUUCCCAAAUUUUAAGCCUCAAAGAAAAUGAGUUGGACCAGGUGGCUGACUUUCUAGGACACGAUAUACGUGUCCACCGUGAACACUACAGACUGCCUGAGGAGACAAUUCAGCUUGUAAAAAUCUCCAAGAUGCUAAUAGCAAUGGACAAAGAUUGUUUUGGAAACAUCCAGGGAAAGUCACUUGAUGAGAUUCAAAAUGAAGAUCAAAUCCAGUUGACUGAUACUGAAGAUGAUGCAGGAGACGAACCAACUGGCACCAGUUCAUUAGACAGAGAAGUAUCAACAUCACCACAAGAGGCCUACCAGAAAGAAGUAAUUGGAAGUGUUGAACAUCGUGGGACUACUGAUAAGAAGAAAAGAAUGUGGUCUAAAGCAGAAGUUGCUGCCGUGAUGAGACAUUUUAAAGUCCACAUAGCAAAAGGAAAUUUGGCCACAAAAUCUGAGUGUCUUCAGUGCAAAUCUGCUGAAGAGCCUGUGCUACAAAACUGGUCAGUACAAAACAUACGAUACUUUGUGAGAAACAGAGGUAUAACUGCCAAAAGGAGAAGUCGGUAUGAAAGUGCUGUUAGCACCUAAUCACCAAGCCUUCAGUGUUCAUGAAAUGUAGUUCUAUACAUUUUGAAUUGGUGUUAGUUUCUUUCCAGCCUACUUUUCUAUCAAGAAUGUUGGAGUUUAUUAUGACGAUUUUACAACUGUUGUUGUAAAGAUUUUUGAAGAUUGUUUAGCCGUUAACUGGUUUUUAUAAUGUUGCAAGUAAAUGUUGCCUCUUGCUGUUAUCUGGUUUAUACACUUUUUAAGUGACUGGUUUCAAAUGAGAUAAUAGUUAUGAAAUUAAGAAAAUAGUUUUUAACUGAUUGACUACCUUAUUGGAUAUGUUUGAUUGUCUUGUCUGCAGUGAAGUGUUCAUGUCUGACAUACUUGAACUAUAGUAGGGCUGGGCGAUAUAUCGGAUGAGAUUGU